GUGCUACAAGCCGUCAGUAAACUGCCAAAGAGGAAGUGCAGCUUGUUUUCUUUUUCUUGGUUCCUCUGCUGUAGGAAGAUGAAAGCUGGAGGAGGAGGAGGAGACGGUAGCGGCAGCCACAGGAACAAGAGGCAAAGUUAAGGAGUCUGCCUGCUUCCAGAGCUCAGAUGGAGGCCCUUGAGUGGGACUCAAUGAACAAUGACACCCUUCCACCAACGCUGAGUCCAGCUGUGCCUCCAUAUGUUAAGCUGGGUCUGACCAUUGCUUAUACUGUCUUUUAUUCACUCCUGUUUGUGUUCAUCUAUAUCCAACUCUGGCUGGUCCUUCACUACAGGCACAAGAGAUUCAGUUAUCAAACUGUCUUUUUAUUUCUGUGCUUGCUCUGGGCUUCUCUUAGGACAGUCCUUUUUUCAUUUUACUUCAAAGACUUUAUCACUGCAAAUUCUCUCAGUCCCUUCAUCUUCUGGCUUCUUUAUUGCUUCCCAGUGUGCCUCCAGUUUUUCACCCUGACACUGAUGAAUCUUUACUUCACUCAGGUGAUUUUCAAAGCUAAAUCAAAAUACUCACCAGAACUACUUAAAUACAGGUUGCCUCUCUACCUAGCGUCAUUCUUUGUCAGUCUCCUUUUCCUGCUGGUGAAUUUAACUUGUGCAGUGCUCGUGAGAGAAGAUACUUCAGAAAGGAAAACUAUUGUAUUGGUCAGGGUUGCUAUUAAUGACACAUUGUUUGUGUUGUGCGCCAUCUCACUCUCCAUCUGUCUUUAUAAGAUAUCCAAGAUGUCCUUAGCAAAUAUUUACUUGGAAUCCAAGGGUUCAUCUGUAUGUCAGUUAACAACCAUAGGAGUGACUGUUAUACUACUUUAUACAUCAAGAGCCUGUUACAACCUGUUCAUUUUAUCACUUUCUCAAAACAAGACAGUAAAGUCUUUUGAUUAUGAUUGGUACAAUGUUUCUGAUCAGGCAAAUCUGAAAUGCCAGUUGGGGGAUGCUGGAUAUGUGGUAUUUGGAAUAAUCCUCUUUGUGUGGGAGCUUCUACCCACUUCCUUAGUUGUAUUCUUCUUCCGCGUUCGGAAUCCUACAAAAGAUCUAACAAACCCAGGAAUAGUACCAACUCACACAUUCAGUCCAAGAUCUUAUUUUUUUGACAAUCCUCGCAGAUAUGAUAGUGAUGACGACUUGGCAUGGAGCAUUUCACCACACAGCAUACAUGGCAGGUAAAAGUUUUUCUCCAGACUACUAUGACUGGGGACAUCAGCCCAACAACUUUCUAGCUCAAGUUGGAUCUCUUCAGCAUCAUUAUAUACCAGAGACUGAAUGAUCAAGCCCAAUGUAACACCAAAUCAAGGGCCAUUUCGGUUUGUUAUUCAGAAUUCUAGGACAUUGUAGUGCAUUACCAAUGGAACAUAGUUUCAGGGGUGUACUAUAACUCCUGGAAAAGUGGAGAAGGAAAAACAAACUACAGGUUUACUUUAUGAAGACACACUGUACUUCUGUUUUCAUCCCAAAAUGCCAUGUUUAGGCUGUGAUCCUGCAAAGAUUUGCACAUGUACUUAACAUUACACAUUGGAGCACUCCUAUGAAGUCAAUGAGUCUCCUUUUAUAAUAAUGAAGACUGAAUAUAAAAGUGUUUUUUCAAAAUUGUUUCUUUAGAUAAAAUGUGUUAUUGUUUUCAUCUGUUUUUAUGUUGGAAAAAUACUGCUAUAAAUUUAUAGAUUUUUUUCUUACAUUGUUACUGUUUAUAUGUAUAAAAGUAGAUUUGUUUAAAAUGCCAAUUUCACUUUAUAAAGCAUACCAUACAGUUUAACUCUUUUUGUAUUUUGGACAGUUCCUGUCAUCUCAUUUUCUGCACCCGUUCUAACUGCAUUGUCUGUUCAAAGAUGUGGUUACAGUGCCACAAGUACAGGUUUGUAUUUCUGUACAAUGACAAUUUUAGACCUCAUAUGGAAUCAAAGAUACAAAAAUAAUUGUCAAGAGGAAAGGCCAAGUACAGACUAAAUAUAAAUAAAUCUUUGCCUCCAUGGAAGAGUGCUUUGCAAAAGAAAUGGACAAGAUCUAUACAUGGGGAAGAUGUUGCCAGCUCUCUGCAGGUUUAAAGAAAAUACAAUACGCUGUGUUAUUUGGUACUGCAA